GGGCGCACGAUUUUUAGGGCUAUUGAGCCCUCUUGGUUUCGUGAUACAGGAUGAGGAUCGAAACGUAUCUGUGGGUGGCGCUCAUAGCGCUCACUUUCCUAGGCACAACCUCUGAAGCUAGAUCGCGAAGGAGGUCGAAGAAAUCCAAAUCUACAGCUCAGCCACAGGCCGAUGAUCCAGCUGGAGCUGAAGUUCAGAAUCAACAACCAACUGUAGCCGGAGUUCAGAAUCAAGAACCAAAUGGAGCUGGAGUUCAAAAUCAACAACCAACUGAGGAUUAUGCAGAAUAUGGAAACCCUGAUUAUUCUGAUUAUUAUGAAGAGAAUGGGGACAAUGGUAGUGGUAGAGGACAAGCCAGAACAACCCCUCAACCCCCCGACGAAAUCCCCCGCGAAGAAGUGUUCAGCCAACCCGACGACGAGCGACCGACAGCGGCGCCGACAGGGGUGGUCGACGUCCGCGUCAUCCCCCCCAGGCCCACCUCUGAGAGCAGCGCGGCACCCUCUUCGUGCAAACACGAUGGCAGGUACUACCAGGACAAGCAGAAGUGGCAGGUCGGGGAGUGCACUCAGUGCGCGUGCGUCCAGGGGAAAGUAGAAUGCAGGACGGACGAGGUGUGUCUAGGAAACCUGAGGCCGACUGGGGAGCCGACGGUAGAUGCGGCCCCCAUCAGCCCUGAACCAGGCCCGAGAGGAGAACACGGUCCAUCCGGAAGUCCCGGUUACCCUGGAGAAGCUGGAUCACCUGGAACACCAGGGUAUCCUGGAAUACCUGGCCCACCAGGACCCCCCGGCCCAGCACCCGACCUAUCCGCAUAUUACCAGCAACUCGCCCUAUCACAAUCUAGUGGGGACAAAGGGCCUGCGUAUCCAGAACCGUUCCAGUACUUGCAGGCAGCCGUUGGACCUGUGGGAUCAAGAGGUCCACCUGGGCCUCCUGGAGCAAUUGGCCCACAAGGUUUUCAAGGACUGAGGGGAGAAACUGGAGAACCAGGGCAACCUGGACCUCAAGGGCCACCAGGACCCAGAGGCCUACAAGGACCACCAGGAAAAGAUGUGAGGCCGGUCGGGCCACGCGGCCUGCCAGGCAUCCCGGGCCUGCCAGGCGCAAAGGGCCACCGCGGCUUCCAGGGCCUGGACGGCGCCAAGGGCGAGCAAGGGGCGGCCGGCGAGAAGGGCGGGCUGGGGCAGGCGGGGCCGAUGGGGCCAGCGGGGCCGAUGGGGCCUGUGGGGCCGAGGGGAGAGCGGGGCAGGGAGGGGCCGCCCGGACAGCCGGGGAUGAGGGGCAUCGACGGGAUCGCCGGGCCGCCUGGAAUGCCGGGGUCUAUUGGGAAAUCAGGAGCACCCGGUUUUCCGGGUACCCCGGGUGCAAAAGGAGACCAAGGAUCACAAGGCCCUAAAGGGAGUCAAGGAUUCCAAGGACCUAGAGGCGAAGCAGGCCGUCCAGGCCAACCCGGAGAAUCAGGACCACCAGGUCCCUCAGGAAAAGAUGGAUAUCCUGGAGAAAAAGGAAGCACUGGAGCUACCGGUAUGGUUGGAGGGCCAGGCUUUCCAGGAGCGAGGGGACCACCAGGGUUAGCAGGAAGUCCAGGCCAACCAGGAGCAAAAGGAGUAAUUGGAUUACCUGGUGAGAGGGGUUACAAAGGAGAAUCCGGUAUCAAAGGAGAAAUCGGAUCGUCAGGCCCACGUGGUCUGCCAGGGGCAGAAGGGCCCGAGGGAAAACGAGGGAAACGAGGAAUGAGGGGACCAGCUGGACAGCCAGGUCCACAGGGAGAGCGUGGGCUUAACGGAGUACCAGGAUUACCAGGACCAGACGGAGCACCUGGAGCCAAAGGUCAAUCAGGAGAGAGAGGUUCACUAGGACCCAUUGGCCCGAAGGGAUCUCAAGGAGAGAUCGGAAGACCAGGUCAACCAGGUUUACAGGGUCUAAGAGGUAUUUCCGGACGUCCAGGACAAUCAGGGAAAACUGGAUCACCAGGUGAAAGAGGUCUACCGGGGCAAGAUGGAAAGCCUGGAGAAGCUGGACCACAAGGAAUCCAAGGAUUGCCAGGACCAUUUGGGCUACCAGGAGAUAAGGGAUUGACCGGAGAACCAGGAAAAGAUGGUGAAGCAGGUCCAGUAGGUCCAAUGGGACCUAGAGGAGAUGCUGGAAAAGAUGGGCAGGCUGGACCUUCAGGACCCCCUGGUCCUCCAGGCGUUGAUGGAGAAAGAGGUGCCCCAGGUGUUGAUGGACCAAGAGGAUUCCAGGGACUUCCUGGAACUCCUGGCAACCCCGGACCAUCAGGAAAGGAUGGGGAGCCUGGAGUUCAAGGGCAAGCGGGCAUACCAGGAUCCCAAGGAUCUCGAGGAGAAAGAGGUUUUCCAGGAGAACGUGGCCCCAUAGGCCAACCAGGCGUACCUGGAGUAAAGGGAUCCAUUGGAGCGCAAGGAAUCGAUGGACCACCAGGUCCUUCGGGUGCUAGAGGCAUGAAGGGGCAUUCAGGGCCACCGGGGCUCGUUGGUUUGCCCGGACUUCGAGGCCAACCGGGCCCUCAAGGCCACAAGGGAGAUCAUGGAUCGCUAGGUCCCAUCGGUCCCGAAGGUCCCCAAGGACGCCAAGGAGAUCGCGGACUUCAGGGUCUAAUGGGUCCACCAGGACCCCCAGGCGAACCGGCAGCUCCGGGCGACCCUGGCCCGCCAGGUUUCCCCGGCGAGCCAGGCGCGCCGGGCAACCCGGGCGAAAGGGGCCCCGGCGGGCCGCAGGGUUCACAGGGCUUCCCUGGGCCGCCCGGCCUAGUCGGCUUGCCCGGGAUCAAAGGCGAACGCGGGCUGACGGGCGGCAAGGGGGAGCAGGGGCGGCACGGACCGGUGGGGCGGCCCGGCGAGCCAGGGGCACAGGGGCUUGGAGAAGCAGGAAGUACUGGAGCGCCAGGUCCUCAAGGCAUCCCAGGCAUUAAAGGAACCAGCGGGGAUCAAGGAAGGCCGGGCUCACCAGGUCUCCAAGGCCUCCCAGGAGCGCCUGGAUUCGAAGGGCCUAAGGGUGAAACAGGCGGAGAAGGUCCUCCAGGCCCUGCAGGCCAAAUCGGCCCGCAAGGUCCAGCAGGUGACAGAGGGCUACCAGGACUGCCUGGCGCACCAGGGUCCACCGGUAUGAUCGGUCCUAGGGGAGCCCAAGGAGAGGUCGGUGUUGCCGGAAAGCCAGGAAGUGAAGGGCCUCCAGGACCACAAGGAUUGACCGGCCCUUCAGGACCACCUGGGCCCAGUGGUGAUCAAGGGCCUGAAGGACCAACUGGUAAACCAGGGCCACCAGGUAUCGCUGGAAGGACUGGGGAUAAGGGACCGCAAGGAAAUCCUGGACAGUCUGGAAAUAAUGGACCACCUGGACUACCGGGCCCACCGGGACCAGUAGGCCCGCUGGGCCUGACAGGCGAACGAGGGCCUCGAGGCGAGCCAGGACCGCAAGGCAACGACGGCCAGCCAGGCGACCGGGGAAAACCAGGGGCGCCAGGCGUCGAGGGCGCCAAGGGGGACCGGGGAGAACUGGGCCCGAUCGGACCAAAGGGCCACCGCGGUCUCAUGGGCCUGCAGGGACUGCCCGGACUGCAGGGUCCGCCUGGCGAAAGGGGGUCGCCCGGAGACCACGGGCUGCCCGGGAAAGAUGGGGAGACUGGUAUGAGGGGACUCGCUGGUCAGCCGGGAAGCUCGGGACCUCAAGGUAUCAUGGGCCCGCCGGGACCCAGAGGGGAGUCUGGUAACGAUGGUAGACCGGGGCCACCUGGAUCUCCAGGGUCACCAGGUCCAGCAGGUCCACCUGGAGAAGGUAUAGGCUACGAUGCCGCCAGCUUGGCUGCUCUUCUACAACAGGGCGCAAAUAACCAGAAAGGUCCUGACCCACUGAACGAUCAACCACCGAGAGUUUUCGGUAAAGAACUCACCGAAGAAGAGACAAGAGAUUUGAUCAACAAAGCCUAUGAACAACUCAAGACCUCCUUCGAUAGACUGAAGAAGCCGAAUGGUCAAAAGACGUCUCCUGGAAAGACCUGUCGGGAUAUUGCUGCUGCAUAUCCAGAAUCACAGAGUGACAUCAAAGAUGCAAUUUUGGUGCAUUGUGAUAUGGAACAAAAAGCCACAUGUGUUAUGCCGAAGCCAUCCAGAUCUGCUGAAAUACGCUAUGUAGGAAAGGAGCAAGAAAUCUGGCUGGGUGAAAUUGAACACGGAUUGAAGAUCACCUAUAAAGCAGAUAGUACACAAAUUGGUUUCCUGCAUUUGUUAUCGUCAAGGGCUUCUCAGAACAUAACAUAUCACUGCAAAAACUCUGCAGCGUAUUUCGAUGUCACUAGACAUACAUUUAGAAAAGGAAUUAAACUCAUGAGUGCCAAUGAUGUUGAGAUCACUCCUAAAGGGAAAUUGCGAUACGAAGCUGUAAUAGAUGAAUGCAGGUAUCGCAAAGACACGUGGGCUGAAUCAGUCCUGAGCUAUUCGACCGACAAACCGAGCAGACUUCCAAUCACUGAUAUUGGCGUCAGAGACAUUGGAAAACCUGAUCAAUCAUUCUGGGUGGAAAUCGGAGCAGUUUGUUUUUCCUGAACAGAGUCGCAUCAAAACUAUUCUGGUACUUAAUUUUAUAAGUUCAGCCAAAGUAUCACUGCCUUCUUCGAUUACUUAUAUG